AUGGCAGAACCUCCUGUCAGACUUGCUAGCAAGGAACGUGAAGAGAGACUUCAAGGCAUUAAAGAGCUGAGUAUUAUAAUGUCAAAAGAACAGACUGAACUAGAGCCCAAUAGAUUGAUGGAGAAUGACUAUGAAAGCGAUGAGGAACAAGCAUUCUUUAACAAUGAUCAUAGUAGAUGGCUAGACAAAGACUAUCUCAUGAGAAUGGAUGAGAUUGUGGGGAUGGCAGAGAUUCUAAAUGAGCUCUGUAGCUCUCAAAAUUUUGGAACUCUAGUUUUUACAGACUAUAUUUUGUCUGUUGGAGAGAAAUUGUUGGCAAACAGUACUCUUUCAAUCCAAGAGAUGGAAGGACCAGUUAAACAAUGCUGGCAUAUAAAAGUGGGGUUUUCAGAACCUUUAACUCAAGUUUAUCUUCUCCAUCAUUUGAAAGCGCAAAGCCACUAUGUGCUAGUAGAAAUAAUCUAUCAAGAAGGGGGGAAAAUCCAUUGGAACAUCUAUGAUAGUCUACACACAAUCCAAAACCUAGAAGAAACUCUAUCAGAGAAGGACCGUAAAAAGCUUUUAGCAGUUUGCGGAAAAUUCAAUAGCAAUUUUGAAGAUGCAAAGAAGCAAUCUUCUAAAGUCGUACACACUGGGAUCCAAAAAGAUGGUACAUCCUGUGGUUUUUGGAUCAUUCUACUUGCAAUCAUCCUUAUCAAACGGAAAAAAUACGAUAAGCGGUUAGCAAACAGCUUGCAAAAAGUUACCAAUGUUCGGGAACUUCUAUAUCCAAUAUGGAGUGCCUGGAUAAAUGCAGAACCAUCAAAGCAAGAGGGUAUUCCAAAGUCUUAUUUCGAGGCUAUUUUCAAAAUUAUAACUCCUUCAAGCCAUAAUAAUAUAUUCCAAGAUAUUGGAAAAUCACAUGCUGUUUUAAAACCAAACUGGUCUGGUUCUGGUAGUGGAGGAGCACAAGAUGUUAGGAACAAUAAUAUCUUAUCAAUAAGGACACAACAAGAUCCUAAUGAGGUUAUCAAGUCUACAGAAGAUGGUCCAGAGAUUCAAUCCUUGCCAGAGCCAUUAAGCUUGAAUUUCACUCCUAAUGAUGCUAGAGCAUAUCUGAAAGAAAUACCGGAAAUUGUGGCAAAAAUGAAGAUUCAGAAACUUCAAUGUACAAUUGACAAGGUUGUUCUAGGAGAGGCAGACCUACACAGGCUUCAAGAGGGAACAUGGUUGAAUGAUGAAGUUAUCAAUUGCUUUCUCAAACUCUAUCCUUUUUCUGCAAGGACUCAGUUUAUUGACUCCCUUCACUGGGAAGGCCUUCAUGAAAAAUGUAGUCAGGCUACAGUAAACGAGGCAUUAUUGAAGGAGGUUAAAAAAUACAAGUUCAGAAUCAUAGAUACAGAGAAAAUACUGGUUGCUAUUCAUCAAAAGGAUCAUGCCCAUUGGAUAGCAGGUGUUGUGGCGCUUCAUUCUCACACAAUAACAAUCUAUGAUAGUCUAUGUUCGGAGACGGCAAACUAUGACUGGCAGUUCUCUAUAUAUGCCUCUAUUUUUCAGACAUUUCGCACUUGGAUAGCCAUGAUUCACAAAGCUCAGAAGCUCAGUAUUAACUGGGAUGAGUGGAAUAUGAUACAUUGUCCAGAAGGUCAAGCAUCCCAGAGUAACACAUAUGACUGUGGUGUUUUUGCUAUCGGAAACAUAAUUCUAGCAGAUCGGGGAGGGCAAAAUCAUCUUCUAAAUCAAAGCUACAUUAUUGUAUUGCGUGCGCAAAUAUUGAAGAUUCUUCUAACUAGCCAGAAGAAGGCUGCCAGUAUCCGAAAAAGUUCCAGAAACAAAAUCAUAGAACCAGCCAAGCAAGUAACUCCCGUUCGCAAAGAGAAGCAUAAGGGUGGUUAUUAUGCUUAUCUUCCUGUGAACCCAUUAGAGAACCCAUUAAACAACAAUGUUAUGGAACUGUUGACAAGUACUGAAAUGUCAUCUUUGCGCAAAGAAGAAGAUAUUGAAGGGAGUAGACAUGAAGUUGGGAAGGACAAUGAGGCUGAUUCCCCUUUAUCUAGUAUUUUGGAUAAGUAA